UAUAUCGCCGCUGUGUGUAAUCCAUAGCCAUAUGAACGAUUCCAGUGUCGUGAAUGGACUAAGUUCACGAGGCAAAUAUAUCUAGGCCCACACCCGUUUUUGUUUCCUUUUGCUGUUAUUUUUUGUACCUUCUCCUGACCCUGGUCACAUCUCGAGUUGGUCCUCUGUUACAUCUGGAUCGGUUGUGAUUCUUCCGCCAUUCUGCUGGGACCAUGGCAGAGCGUGAUAGUACCGACGAUGAACAAUUCUAUAUGUCCAUUGCGGCAAUAGUAGCCAAUAAAUCGAAAAUGACAGAAAAAGUUGGCGCAGUGUUGGUAAACGAUAAAAGGAAAAUCGUUGGCUACGGUUAUAACGGAUCACCACUUAACAAGCCCACUCCUGGACCCAUUGUGGUGGACGCGCACACGAAUGCCAUUCUUUUCGCGACUGCGCCUCUUGAAGGUACCACUAUGUACACGACACAGCUGCCGAACGCAGCGGCUGCUGCGCAUAUAGUACAAGCUGAGAUCAAAGAAAUUAAAUAUCUUCAUCAUCAAGACAGAGUAGAUCAAUCGUCUUCUCCAGAUAUCGGCGAAAUACUUCGCGGUCAAGUAGAUGUUACUAAGCUUCGUCUACAGAAUCAGCAUAUUACCAUUAAUUUUGCUGACUUCGGGCGUGUCGAGCCGGAUGAAGUGAGGGCACAACCGCAGGAAUAGGAUAGAAAGUAGGCUGCGGCAAAACAAAGAAAUUAAUGAAAUAGAUAAAUGCGGCUAUUAAAAACAGAAUAUAUAAACAUAAGUGGUGCGUGAAUGUUACAUGUAGGCAAUAAUUGAUAAAGACUAGUCUUUAAUUAAUUCUUGAUGUAGGUAAAUUAUUUAGAUGUGCAGAUUUCAUCUAGGAUAUAAUAGUGGUCCAUUUCACGAAAAAAAAUGGCACUCUGUGUUUUGGUUGUUUCGUACAGAAAAUGAAAUAUCUGAUAAAAAUGUAUAGUUUCAUCUGAAAAUCAGAUAUUAAGGCAUUUUCUCUACGUUUAUCUCAUAAUUACAAUAAACAGUCCUCAAAUCGACACUAACAGAAAAGCCAUGUUUGUAAACCCAAAUACUCUAUUCUUCAAAUUUACCUGUCCCACUACCGAACAUGGCAAAAUAAUGACAAAGUCCGAAGUAGGCCUAUUUUGAUGGGGAGAGCUCAAGUCAUAGAAGGGCCUAAGUGACAUCAACAAAUGUAAUACAAGUUGGACGUUGUGGUGUAGUAGGCUCAGACCGCGAGUGUCUAGGUUGUGGUUUGAGGUUAGAUUUUUCAAGGCGAGGUUACUUUGGAUUAACUUUUUGCUUUGCAUUUUGGAUUUUUGUGGUGAUUUCGAUGGACAAUGAUGACGAUGGGGCGGCGGAUGAGCAGGCAGGAUAAGAAAGGAGGCAUCUGUAUGGUUACAGCUUAAAUCAGCAAGUGGGCUUCGUUGACACGUUCAGGCUGCACCAUGCGAUCGGCAUCGACCAUGCCCGGUCUAUAUGCGUUUAUUUGCGAACCGUUUUCGUAUCCACUCACGAACUUUCUCUAGAUGGGUAGAUGAAUACGAGGAAAUGGCAGAAAGGCGUUAUCGAUGCGCACACGAUGAGAGAAUACGACGCAGAAUUCGGCAGCAUGGCUAUAAUGAACAAGGUACCUCAAUUCUUUGUCAGGAAUUUACAGAAAGCGUUUACCCUCAAGUGGGGUAAAAGAUCAUUGUGAACUGUUUUAAGUCAGUGGCAUUUUCGAGAUUUUUGUUUGAAUAAUUUCGACCCAGGUACCUGUAGUUAAUUCUUAAAGCUGAACUGCAUGCACAAAACCAGAGCGUCCCAUGCGCCAAUAGUAAGACAUUCAAACGAUCGAAAGGUCCUUCUGAAUACAGCCUGACACAUGAUAGACCUCCAAUGCUUCGAUGCGCUUGAUUUCACAAACCAGCAAGCCACAGGACAAUGCGGACAGUCUCGGAGAAUUAUGGAAGAGAAAAAAAUCUCCGAGAAAAAAAUCAAAAUCGUCUCCAGGGAUUCGAACCCGGGAACUCGGGCUCAGAAUUCGAAAGCUCUAACCGUCUGAGCUAGGGAGGCUUUCUUGUGAACUGCUGCCAGCAAAUAUAUCUUAUAUGAUUUGCGAUUAUGCUUUAUUUUUGAAUGAUGAACCAGAAAUUUUUGUUUGAACAUUUCCCUUCACCAUAAGAAAAAUAUACAGCCAAGAAGCAGUGUUUUCUGGUAUUCACUGAUAAAUGAUACGUAUAAUUGCAUUGUAAGGAUAAAAUCCAUUGCUUUAUCUGGUAUAAUUUUUGCGGCAAAACAAAGAAAUUAAUGAAAUAGAUAAAUGCGGCUAUUAAAAACAGAAUAUAUAAACAUAAGUGGUGCGUGAAUGUGCUUAUUUUCAACUAUAUUUAAUGAUAAUGGCGUGAGGUUUUUCAUCAUCCUAACCCUCAAUGUAUUGCCAUUACUAAGCUUUCAGACAAGGCGCGUCAAUGGGCGGAGGCUACGGGGACAAUUCUGCUGGAAGUUCAGUAUGUUUUUCAUUGGCCACUCAAAUUCUUAAAAAUUAUUAGUGAAACAACUAAUCUGGUAGUUCCUAUGUACGAACUGUGAGAUUAGUACAAAUAGUAGUGAGACUAACCAUCAAUUGGUGAAAAAUAAUCAUUAAACUGUUAAGAGUAACUAAAUGUCGAUAAUUAGAGCCACUAAUUUCACAGUCCGUGCUAUAGGAACUACCAGAGUAGUAAGUAAAAAGUUACUAUGAAAUAGUAAUUCUUAUUAAUUAAUUUCAAGAGUGAUGCCUUUAUGGACAUGUACUAUACUUGUGUUUGGAACACAGUUUUUCUAUAAGUGUUGUUGUAUCAUGAAUGUUUUAAGGUAAAACCUUUAAGGACCCCGUAACCCGGUUUAAAUUUGGUCAGCGAUGAAACUGAGGACCACGCACAUUGCAUGAGGAGACAAACAAUUAUUUAAUAUCGGAAAUCGAGAAAUAAACUAUUGAAAAUGA